UCGGCAACCAUGUGAUUCAAUACUAAACACAUACUGACUCGGCAGCAUUUGUGGCAGUCAGUGAGAGACAAACCGAAAUAACGAGGGAAUUUGCUUUUUUAUUUCAAUCGUGGUUCUGGGGAGGUGGGUAGGCAGAAGCCUCCAUAAACAAUUUACAUUUAUUUUUUUUUUUCUUCUUCAAAUCGUCGCAAAGGAGACCUUCGGCCUCAGUACAUUUUGAGUUACUCUACAAUCUGUUUAGUCAUUUAGCUCCCAAGCAUCGCAACCUCUAACUUCUCAAGUCUGCAGGGGUGGAUAAGAAUGAGAGAGAAUGAGCCAGCGCGAUACUCUUGUGCAUCUGUUUGCUGGAGGAUGUGGGGGCACUGUUGGUGCAAUCAUCACAUGUCCAUUGGAAGUUGUAAAAACAAGACUGCAGUCUUCGUCUGUCACUCUUUACAUCUCUGAGGUUCAGCUUAGCACAGUAAAUGGACCAAGUGUUAACAGAGUGGCUAGGGUGUCUCCUGGACCACUCCACUGCCUAAAGCGAAUACUGGAAAAAGAAGGUCCUCGCUCACUUUUUAGAGGAUUGGGACCUAAUCUCAUUGGUGUGGCUCCUUCAAGAGCUAUAUAUUUUGCUGCUUACUCCAGUUCAAAAGAAAAAUUGAAUGCUAUUUUUGAGCCAGAUUCUACCCAGGUGCAUAUGGUAUCUGCUGGACUUGCAGGCUUUACUGCCAUUACAGCAACCAAUCCAAUCUGGUUAAUUAAGACUCGGUUACAGCUGGAUGCAAGAAGCCGAGGAGAGACUAGAAUGAGUGCCUUUGAAUGUAUCAGAAGAGUUUAUCAGUCAGAUGGAAUCAGAGGUUUCUACAGGGGCAUGUCUGCAUCCUAUGCUGGCAUUUCAGAGACUGUUGUCCAUUUUGUAAUAUAUGAAAGUAUUAAACGAAAACUACUAGAGUCUAAAACUGCGACUAACAUGGACAGUGAAGAUGAAUCUGUAAAAGAUGCUUCAGAUUUUGUUGGACUGAUGCUAGCUGCAGCCACUUCAAAGACUUGUGCCACAUCUAUAGCCUACCCACAUGAAGUUAUACGGACCAGGUUAAGGGAAGAGGGUACGAAGUACCGAUCAUUCUUCCAGACACUAUCAAUGGUAAUAAAAGAGGAAGGUUAUCGAGCCCUUUACCGUGGUCUAACCACACAUUUGGUGAGACAGAUUCCAAAUACAGCUAUUAUGAUGUCUACAUAUGAGCUUGUAGUCUAUCUUCUGGAUGGAUAACUGCCAGUGUAGUGAUCGUGCAAAAAGAGACCAAAGGAUGGAGUGGACCAGGAGAUUCCAAAUCUCAUUUGGCACCGGAAAGUAAACUGCAAGAAAUAUUAGUCAGCUGACGAAGAAUGAAGUUGGCUGUCAAAGUGAAUGUCCAGCUUUCUGGUAGAGAAAAGCUUUUUCAAAGAAAAUGUCUAUAAUGGAGAAUGCUUUGAAACAAGGUUACCCCUUGAUAGCAAUCAUGUUUUCUAUUGAUAAAUUAAAGAAAGGUGCACUUCCUCUGUUCUAAUUCUUCAGUUUAUGUAAUUUAUUUGGGAUAAAAAAAAAAUCUGAAACAUGUCUCCUGGCUUAGAAAAGGUUUUAUUUUUCUGA